GGACUAACUUGAAGAUGGGUGAAUUACAAUUCAUCUUUUCUAAGUGUGGUUCUCAUUGAAAUUUAAGAGCAAGAAUUAGCUCCAUGAAUUCAUUACAUGGAGGAAAUUUAAUGCAAGAGGCAAAAGUAUGUAAUGUGCAUAAUAGAUGUCGACACCAUGUUCAUAAAAACACAUUAGGUUUAGCCACGCCUGCAACGCCAUUUUCCGAGGACAGUUUCUGAGCCUUUGUAAACCAAAUGCUUAAACCAAACCAAACAAUCUAUUUUUCCUCUGGUUUUUUUGAUUCUGUUAGUUGUUACUGUUCAUAAGUUAAUUUAAUUAAUAUCAUCAUUAUCCCUGUAAUAUUGACUCAUUAUUAUGUCCACUACUAGUGGCUCCAGCCCUGCUUCCAUAACAUCUCCGAUUGAUACUGGUGACGAUUAUUUUGACAAAGGUAAUACUAGUGAACAGCAUAAAUUACCUGAUGAAGAGACAAGCAAAGACAAGGGAAAUCAAAAUGGAGAGGAGCUUGAUUUCGAGGAAGAGGACAACGAGUCUUUGGAGGAAGGUGAAGAGGAAAGUGAUGGUGAUGAAGGUUUAACGAAUGAAAACAAUGAGGACAGGAACAUUGGUAAUGUCGGUGACUCAAAAGAUGUUGAUAUCAAAGAAGUGCAGAGCAAAUCUAGGAAAAAAGAUGAGGAUGAAGAAGACGAAGACGGUGAAGUCAAUAGUGAAGAAGAGCUAGAGGAAGGCGAAGUAAAAGAAGACGAUGAUUCAGAAACCGGUGGUGCUGAUGAUGAGGCUAAUGGACAAAAGAAGACCUUUAAAAAGACUGGAAAUUUAACAUCCAACUCUAAUAAUCAAGCUAAAACUAGUAUUUGUCGAUUUUUUGCUAAAGGCCAAUGUACUUGGGGUCUGAAUUGUCGUUUUUUACAUUUAGCUGCACCAGUUGUUGCUUUACCAAUAAAACUACCAAAUCAACGAGGAUUUCCUUACCAAGUCGGACUCAAUCCCACUGGACUUCAUCCUACCGGUAUGCACCCAACAGGAAUUCAUCCAACCGGUGCUCACCCUACUGGUCCUCAUAAUGUCGCUCAUACAACAGGAGCUCAUCCCACUGGACAUCAUUCAAUACCUCGUCCACCGCUUAAUCGUCAUCAAGCUGCUGCUUUAGCAGGAACAACAAUUCACCCACCUCAUCCACCAUCAUCAUCACAAUCAUCAUCUAGUAAUACCGAUGCAGCUUGGGUUAGAGGCUUACGUAAUGCAAAGGAAAUGCUUGUUAAAGCGAACAAGAGGAAAGAAGAAGAAAGUGAUUUCGAGAAAAGAUUUAAUGCUACGGCUGAGGAUGAAGCUACAUCUCAUUCUAAACACUCUCAUCACUCAAGAGAAUCACCAGAAUCGGGAGAUUAUGGGGAUAGAAGGUCUGCUCAUAGUUAUCACGCAAGAGAAAGAGAAAAAAGAUCUCAUAGGGAAGGAAAUCGUAGAGACGAAACUAGGGAGGCUAGGGAGGCUAGAGAUAUAAGAGAAAGGGAGUCUAGAGAAACUAGAGAUAGAGAUAACCGAGAAAGAGAACCCAGAGAUGAGUACUGGAAUACUGAAUAUGAAAGGAGAAGGCGAUUAGCUUUCGAAUCAGCGCCUUGGAAUGAUGAACAAUCACCUCCGCCUGCUCCAACUAGAGGUAAUGUACGCCCAAGAGAGGCAGCUGAAAUGUAUAGAGACCCUUGGCGUCGGUCCAAAAGUCCACCAGCUAACAGGAGCGGUGGAAGGCGAGCAGAUGUUUCCACUGCUAGCAAAAGAAGUCAUAGUUUGUCAUCUAUUAGCGGCUCUGAGAGUGGCUCAGAAUUAAGUGGUUCUGAGUCAAUGUCUGGGUCAUCUUUCAGUGGAUCAGACGUAUCUUAUUCUGAUGCCACUGAAGCUUCUGGACGAUCACCUAGAGAGGGACGUCUGAAAUCAAAGUCCGGCAAACCAAGAUCACAUAAAGAUAAAACUCGGCCUAACCCUGACCAACCUGGGCAUCACACUAGUACUAGAGAUAGAAGUGGAACUAGUGGACAGCCUCCCAAAGCAGCCCAAGCACGUGAAAAAACGGGCUCCGUUCAAGUAUCAAAAAAUCGAUCAAAUCGUAGCUCAAUAGAUGAAGAAGCAAGUGGAAGCGGUCCAAGAAAAAAAUCUGGUCCAAUUCCAACGGCAGCUCCUAUUUCUAAACCAAGAAGAGAUUCCUGGUCAGAUUCAGAUUCAGGAUCGAUGAGUCAAAGUGAUAGUUCUCUGUAUUCUGGUUCAGAAAGUGGUGAAAGCGAUGCCUUUUCUGGAGGUAGUGAUGCACCUUUAGAAGACGAUAGAAGAACCAAAGGGUAUCGAAAUAGAAGGGAAGCUAAACCUCAUCCAUCAUCUACUAGACAAACUUAUGACUCGGUUAGAAGGGCGCCACAAAGAAGUAGAACCAGUGAUUCACCACCACCACCGCCAUCCUCAUCUUCCCAUCACUCUAGUAAUCCCAAAAGAAUGAAAAUGUCAACAAGUGCAAGCACAUCUUCCUCCUCAAACAGGGAAAAUAAUCCAAUGAAGAAUAGACAUUCCUCAACGAUACCUUCAGACGACUUACCAACAAGCUCACCUCAACAGGUGUCUAAAAAAUUGCUCCAUACACCUACUUCACCUAAUGAUGGUCCGAAAAAAAAUCCAAUUAAGAUGACUUUCAAAAAGAAGCAUUCAAAUUUGAGGACAGACCGGGUUAUAACUGCUAAAUUGAAUGGUGGUAAAAGUGAUGAGGAAAGUGGGGAGGAAGAGGAAUCGGAGCCAGUCUCUGGUGAUCCACAUCAACAGAUAUCACCUUCACCUUGCGCUGAUGCCGAUGAUUUUGAUGCAGAAGAUAAUGAAAUUGAUGAAGGAGAUAAAUCCAGCAUUAUGAAUGAUCCUUUAAUUGAUUCAAACCAUAGUGAUAAUGAUGAGAAUGAUUUUGAAGAAGGAGAAGAAUAUGAAAAUGAAAAUGAAGAUGACGAUGACGAUAUUGAUGAUGUUUCCCUCCAUCAAAAAGAUAAACAACAACAGAUUCAAAGAAUUUCCAAUUCAUCUUGUAAAUCAGAAAAGUCAUCUACAGUAAUAUCAACUCCAUCAACUUGCUCAUCUCCAAGUUCAACUAAAAAUUCAAAAGAUGGCUCAUCUCGACGAGAGCAUUUAUUAAAACAACUUGAGGCUGUAGAGGCUAUGAUUGCCAAAAAGAAAGCCAAACUCCAUUGAUUCAGCCAUCUUGUUAGGUUAAACUAAAAAAUUCAUAAAAAGUCUUUUAAAAUUCA